AUAAGAUUAUCGACAAAGAUAAAACAAGGAAGAAAAUUUUGUGCAUAUUGUAUGUAACCAUAGGAAUUAUCUCGACUUGCUGUUUUGUUGGUUCGAAGAUUAGAAUAUAAAGUAAUAUUUGUAUACGAUACAUGUAACCACAAAAAUGUAUAGGUAACGUCUCGACUUACUCAUGUUACUGCAUUUUUAAUUUAAACAUCUAUCAGGUCAGUAAGAGUGUAACAGACAAACAUGUUACAAAGAUUAUUGUUCUCAAUACUUCUUCAGUUGAUACCGUUUGUGUCCGGUCGAUGUUCCGAUCCAACUGUCACCGACAUUGAUAUGUCCAACCUUGGCAUAUCUGAAAUCAACGAGUCAUUAUUUCAAAACUGUAAUCCACAAGCUUAUAGUCUUGAUCUGUCUGGAAACAAAAUUACACUUAUUAAUGCAACUGCUUUUGCAUUUUAUGAUGAUAGUAUUCAUAAGUAUAUUCCUUUGUUUUACCAACUGGAAACACUAAAUUUGAAUGACAACAAUAUGAUCUCAGUGGACCCUAAUGCUUUCAAAUAUACCAAAGUGUUAAAUACAUUGUAUAUUAGAAACAAUCAACUGAAAGUUAUAGAAUCUGGAGUGUUUGAUCUUAUUGGCGAUACACUGGUAUCUUUGGUGAUGGCAAACAAUCAAAUAUCUUCAAUCGGUAUGUCAGUGUUUCAUACAAACCUUAGAAAACUUCGCUACGUUGAUCUUUCACAUAACAAAAUGACGUACAUGGAAGCAUGGCCAUAUAUUCCUCCUUCUAUCAUAUUAUUUAAUCUAAGUCAUAACGACGUGAAUAAGUUUACAAAUAAUCUCAACUGGACGUAUGAUUUAGCCGAACCUUACUCUACCUAUGUUGAUUUGAUGUACAAUAAUUUUACCGAAUGGGAUAACGAGUGGUUCAGGAGAUAUCAAAAUCACAAAGGGAAUUAUGCUUUUGAGUUGACAAACUAUCGGUUAGAAUUAAAAAACAAUCCCUGGAUUUGUGAUUGUCAUAUGUAUUACAUAAUAUCAACGAUCCAAGAAUCUUUUUAUCGAUUUGCAGAUUCAGAGUUCAUCCAUAUUGAAUGCGAACAUCCUGCGAAUCUUAGGAGAAAACGAAUAAUUGAUGUAGAUCUGUCAACGUUUGUUUGCGACUCACAUGUCAAUUUUCCUUUCGGAUAACAACGCCAGAAUAAAUGGCAAUCUAAUAUUCAGAAAACCUCAAUGGAACUGUCUUUAUCUGGCAUGUAUCUCCCUCAUACAAAGCUCUGAUUUCUUUCACGGAUUUGGCUAUACUUUUUGGACCUUUUGGAUUAUAGCUUUCAUCUUUUAUAUAAGCUUUGGAUUUCAAAUAUUUUGGCCACGAGCAUCACUGAAGAGAAACAUAUUGUUGAAAUGCGCAUCUGGUGCAGGAAAAUUGGUACCGUUAAUGUUAUUAUCAACACUCUAGUGUCAACAGGAAAAGAAGAAAAAAUCGUGAUACUCUAUAGAAAUUCAUAUAUAAUACAUUUAAGGUGGUAACUAACACUACAGGGAGAUAACUCUGUAAAAUCAGCAUAACGUUUUGAUUACGUUGUGUUGUAAAGCGAAUAUUAAGCUUCUGAAUGAUCAAAAAUGGAGUUUGUCAAACUACUAUAUAACCAGUGUAUUUUUUUUUGACAAAACGGUUGGUUCAAAAUUUUUAAAAAUUUUAUAUUUUUGUUAAAGGGUCAAAGUAAGUAUUUUGACAAAAUUUUAUGAAAAUUAAACGAUUCAAAUUAAUUCUAGUGAAAGUGUUGGGUACCACCUUAAUCCAGAAGUUCAAAAAUGUAAAAAAAUAUUUAUAACAAUCAUUUAUAAUCAGAUUUGUUAGACAUCGGACAUCACUGAUAUACCUGAAACGGUGAUAAUCUUAUUGUUUGUAUAUGCUUUGUUUAUUAAUAUAUGGUUUAAUAGAAAUAUUAAAUUACAUUAAAACAGA